AUGCAGCAGCCUGAAAACGAAUCCGGCCACGUGCUGGUCUCACCCCUCUGGGUCUUCAUUUGCCGUAUUUUCCAGGUUCUCAUCUCUCUCGUCAUCCUCGCCUUGGCUGCUCGUUUGAUGCAUGAUGCCUACCUUGACGAGGAAGGUCUCGCUCUGGCUAUUGCUAUCAUCACCUGGCUCGUCUGCUUGUACGUUAUCCUUAGUGAGAAGCUGCCAACUCUGAACCAAUUCUAUCAUGUCGUUGCCGUCAUCGUCCUUGACGGUGUCAUGAUGAUCCUCUGGCUUGCAACCUUUGCCGCUGUGGCUGCCAAGCGCGCCCAGUUCCGCUUCAAUGUCAGGGUCGACGGCUGCUUCGACGAUGGCAGCUUGUUUAACAGCAAGACAUGCUACAAGAAGCGCGACUUUGUCAAGAAGCGUGACGUUAUCCUCUUCAAGUCUGGUGGUGACAUGCUUUCCGCCAUCGCUGGCCUCGGAGCCUUGGUCUGUUUCCUCCAGGGCCGCAAGGCUGGUCGAUUCCUGUUUGACAAUGAGUCUGCCCCUGUUCAGACCAUUGCCAUGGAACCUAAGCAAGAUCAGCAAGCCCAGCAGCAGCAGACACUUAUCCCACCCCAGGGUGUUGCUCAACCCAACGCUCAAUACCCCCCGCAGGGCCAAUACCCGCAGGACCAGUAUCCUCCUCAGCCUGUCAGCCCUUACCCGCCAGCUCAGUCUCCUUACCAGCCUUCGACUGCCUAUUCUCCUCCUCCUCAGGAUCCGCAGGCAUAUAACCAAUAUCCUCCUCAGCAGUAUCAGCAGCCACAGACUUACCACGAGGCGCCUUCCCAUGAUACAUCUUCACCUCCUCCUCCUCAACAGACUUCCUAUUAA